UUUAGACAAGGUGUCUUCAAAUCGGAUUCAUUUUGAUUUCGCCGCUCGAUAAAGACGCAUUUCGAAUUUCACUUUUCGCUUGGCGGCGGCGCGCAAACAAAAUUCGCUAAAAAUCAAUUCGAAAACGUAAUUUUUCAAAAUCACAGAAAUUAUUCAAAAACGUUGCAAAUACUUAAGUUCAGUUAUUAAUUGGCGUGAAGGCGACGCGAGUGCAAACGUUAUACAAUAAAGGUGCUUAGCGAAUGCGUUUUGCUUGAAAGCGUGUUGGUGUGUUAAGUGACAUUCGAAGCGCAUUACUUUCAACAUUAUUUAAAAAAAUCAAAAAAAAUAAAAUAAUAAAAUUAAAAUAAAAUUGUUUUCGAAAAUUUGUGCUUUUGAAAUUUCUAUUUAUUGCCCGUUUUAAGUGGCACUCGCGUUUUUAUUGCCAUUUUUGAUUGCGCGAAAGUCAACCGACUACUUUGUACCUACCACUUAGCGGCAGUUAACAAACAAAAUUGUUGCAGUCAUAUUGCAACAACAAGUACAGCAAAAACAACAGCUGCAUUAGAAUUUGAAAUAAAGUAUUUAAAAGCUAUUAUUAACGCUUGACAUUGGCAAUUAGCAGAAUGUCGUUCAAAUAUAAUUUACGAGUUUGCGCGAGUGCAACGGCAAAGUGCUUGCGAGUGGCAACACUGCCAAUUUCACUGCUACUCCUGGUGUGUUGUGGCAGCGCACAGUACUCCUGGUGUGAUCCGAACUUGUGUGAGGGCGGUGUACGGCAUUUGGCAUGUCGCAAUAAUGGCGAUUUCGCCAGUCGCUGUUCGCCGGACGCCAUAGAAUUGGACAUUUCCGAUUACAAGGAUCUAUUUGUGCACGAACACAACAAGCGGAGAAAUUUCCUAGCGCUCGGCUUGCUGCCCGGCUACUAUCCCGCGGCGCGCAUGGCCACAAUGGUUUGGGAUGAUGAGCUGCAAUAUUUGGCAUCACUCAACUUACGCACCUGUAUACUGGAUCAUGAUGACUGCCACACGACGUACCGUUUUCAGUAUUCCGGCCAAAAUCUUUGCGGUGUAUCACGCUCAACACCGCAUGUGAAUGUGAGCGGAAUUAUCGAGGAAGUGAUGGGAUUGUGGUUCAAUGAGUAUCCAUUGAUAGAUAGCAGUUAUAUAAGCAGAUUUCGGGUGACCAAGUACUUCGAGGACUAUGGUCACUUCGCCGAGAUCGCCGUGGAUCGUAACACGCACGUGGGUUGCGGUAUUAUACGUUUCACGCGUCCAGAUGUGCCCUACGCUUACAUCUACAAUAUGGUCUGUAAUUAUGCGUCGAUUUAUGCCUUGGACACGCCCGUAUAUACAGUGGGCCAACCGGGAUCACGCUGUCUGACGGGCAAAAAUCCCUAUUAUCCCGGUUUAUGUUCCGUUAAUGAGCCGAUCAAUCCGAAUUAUUGAGGAGUGCCAGUGAUUUUAUGUAGUCAUAUGUAGUAGUGUAUAAGUUUAACACAAAUAAAUGCUUGUAAAUAGUUAAUAAAAAUAAUA